UCUUGACUGAUUUAACCUUACCUAACAAUCAUUUACUGCGUGGUUAUAUUUUAGUCCUGUCUGUUCGGAGUAGCUAUUAGCUGCUGGUGAACGGAAGUAAAAUCCUGUCAAAUAAAAGCGUACAGAAUUAUUAUGUAAAAUAUUUUUCUUCAAAAUAGUUAGCAUCCUAGGAAUUGUCUGUAUUUAUUUAUUUUGUUUUAAUUAUUAUGCCGAAUGUAAGGUUUGAAUAGCUCUUUCUUAGUUGCACAUAGUUUAAAGUUGUAUUUUGAACCGGAAGUGCUAAACUUCUAUCAUGGGCACCAAAGUAAUCGUGGGCUGCACUGUAUUGUACACGUUGCUGGACAGUGUUAUCACCACUGUCCUUUACAUACAUGGAUCACACCUGACCACAUUCACAAAUGAUAUCCUGGACUUUAACAUCCUGCGGUCUGCCUUGGACCUUUGGGGGCUCAUGCUGCUCAGAGUCUCCCUCUUAUUGGGAGCCUCCAUAGGGGUGUCAUGGAACAAAGGGGAUGGCACAUCAAGAGUGGCAAAAGCCACCACUUUCAUUCUCCUCAUCUGCAUGAUUGUCAUCACCUACUCCCUGGCUAAGCUGCUGAUGCUGACUGAAGUGAAACCUCUGAACCACCAACCAUGGUUCCUGAGCCUCAUAUGUUGGACCUGUGCCUCCUCUCUGGGUGUUGUGCUUUUCUGGAAGAAGCUUGGGAAGGAGUCCAACUCAGUGAGCAAUCUCAACAGCAGCAGCCGCAGUGGAGGAGGAAGGGGCGCAGAGGACACUGAGAAGCUGGUGGAGACAGCUGGUGAGGAGGAUGAGGAAGGAGAGGAGGGGAGGCAGAAGAAGACCAGCUCUGGGGCUACUCUGGGACGCCUGCUCACCUACUGCAAAAAUGAUGCUAGCCUGCUUUCUGUUGCUGUUCUGUUCCUCCUCAUCUCUGCAGUCUGUGAAGCCUUCAUUCCUUACUACUAUGGGCAGGCCAUAGACAGUAUUGUGCUUCACCAGAGCAUGGAAUACUUUGUUAAACCAGUGAUCACACUGGCAGCACUGGCUUUGGUAAGUUCACUUGCCAUGGGAGUGCGAGGAGGAGUUUUCACCCUGACAUUUGCAAGAUUAAACCUUCGACUCAGGAGUCACCUCUUCAGAACUCUGAUGAGGCAGGAAAUCGGCUUUUUUGAUGAAAACCAUACUGGCGACAUCAUUUCACGCCUGUCCGCUGACACCACCCAGGUGAGCGACCUCAUCUCCCAAAAUAUCAAUAUCUUCUUGCGGAGCAUCAUCAAGGGUGCCGGCUUCUUCGUCUUUAUGUUCGGGAUGUCAUGGAAACUCACACUGGUUACCAUUAUGGGAUUCCCUUUCAUCGCCUUUGUCUCCAAACUUUAUGGCGAAUACUACAAGAAACUGACCAAGGAAGUGCAAACAACCCUUGCAGAGGCUAAUAAAGUUGCAGAAGAAACCAUCUCCUCUAUGAGGACGGUGCGCAGCUUUGCCAAUGAGAACGGAGAAGCCGACUCCUACUGCGCCAAGCUCUUAGUCAUGUUCCAGCUCAACAAAAAACAGGCCCUGGCCUAUGCUUGCUACAUGUGGACCAGUUGUAUUUCAGAGCUUGCUCUUGAGGUUGCUAUCCUUUACUACGGAGGCCAUCUUGUGGUCACUGGUCAGAUGAGCAGUGGUGCCUUGAUUUCUUUUUUCAUAUACAUGCUGGAGCUGGGAGAGUGUCUUGAGAGCAUUGCGUCAGUGUACACUGGACUCAUGCAGGGAGUUGGAGCUGCUGAGAAGGUUUUCGAGUAUCUGGACAGGAAACCCAAACACCCAGCUGAAGGCACAGAGGCUCCAGAGACAUGCUGUGGACUGGUUGAAUUUAAAGACAUCACUUUUGCUUACCCAACACGCCCAGAGACCGAUAUCCUCAAGGGAGUGUCAUUCACUCUGAGGCCUGGAGAGGUGACCGCCCUGGUUGGGCCUUCAGGCAGUGGAAAGAGCUCCUGUGUGAGUCUGCUGGAAAAUUUCUACCUUCCUCAGCAAGGCCAAGUGCUGCUGGAUGGACAGCCUGUUAACAUCUUCCAGCAUGACUACCUCCACUCCAAGGUGGCUUUGGUGGGCCAAGAACCAGUACUGUUUGCCCGGACAGUUAAGGAGAACAUUGCCUAUGGAUUGACAGACGUCUCCAUGGAGGCUGUAGUGCAGGCUGCCACCAAGGCUAAUGCUCAUGAGUUUAUCACUGCACUGCCUGAAGGCUAUGACACAAGUGUUGGAGAGAAGGGCACACAGUUGUCUGGUGGACAGAAACAGAGAGUGGCCAUUGCACGAGCUCUCAUCCGCAACCCACGUGUCCUUAUCCUGGACGAAGCCACCAGCGCUCUGGAUGCAGAAAGUGAACACACUGUUCAGCAAGCUCUGAGCAACAUAAUACACGAGCACACAGUGUUGGUGAUCGCCCACAGGCUCAGUACAGUGGAGAAAGCAGAUAACAUAAUCGUGAUCGACAAGGGUCAUGUAGCUGAAGAGGGUUCUCAUAAUCAGCUGAUGGCCAGCGCCGGGCUCUACUGCAAGCUGGUGCAGAGGCAGGUGCUGGGCAUGGAGACCGGGGAAGAGGUCCUCAACCCAUCUGAAAACCUCCAGAGGAAUUCUGAUAAAAGACGUCGACGUAGAAGACAAAGCGACAGCAGUAGCAGCGAAUCUGAGAUCAAUGUGCGGUACUCUAUCAUGGGCACCAAAGUAAUCGUGGGCUGCACUGUAUUGUACACGUUGCUGGACAGUGUUAUCACCACUGUCCUUUACAUACAUGGAUCACACCUGACCACAUUCACAAAUGAUAUCCUGGACUUUAACAUCCUGCGGUCUGCCUUGGACCUUUGGGGGCUCAUGCUGCUCAGAGUCUCCCUCUUAUUGGGAGCCUCCAUAGGGGUGUCAUGGAACAAAGGGGAUGGCACAUCAAGAGUGGCAAAAGCCACCACUUUCAUUCUCCUCAUCUGCAUGAUUGUCAUCACCUACUCCCUGGCUAAGCUGCUGAUGCUGACUGAAGUGAAACCUCUGAACCACCAACCAUGGUUCCUGAGCCUCAUAUGUUGGACCUGUGCCUCCUCUCUGGGUGUUGUGCUUUUCUGGAAGAAGCUUGGGAAGGAGUCCAACUCAGUGAGCAAUCUCAACAGCAGCAGCCGCAGUGGAGGAGGAAGGGGCGCAGAGGACACUGAGAAGCUGGUGGAGACAGCUGGUGAGGAGGAUGAGGAAGGAGAGGAGGGGAGGCAGAAGAAGACCAGCUCUGGGGCUACUCUGGGACGCCUGCUCACCUACUGCAAAAAUGAUGCUAGCCUGCUUUCUGUUGCUGUUCUGUUCCUCACCAUGUCUGCAGUCUGUGAAGCCUUCAUUCCUUACUACUUUGGGAAGGCCAUAGACAGUAUUGUGCUUCACCAGAGCAUGGAACACUUCGCUAAACCAGUGAUCACACUGGUAAUACUGGCUAUGGUAAGUUCAUUUGCCAUAGGAGUGCGAGGAGGAGUUUUCACCCUGACAUUUGCGAGAUUAAACCUUCGACUCAGGAGUCACCUCUUCAGAACUCUGAUGAGGCAGGAAAUCGGCUUUUUUGAUGAAAACCAUACUGGCGACAUCAUUUCACGCCUGUCCGCUGACACCACCCAGGUGAGCGACCUCAUCUCCCAAAAUAUCAAUAUCUUCUUGCGGAGCAUCGUCAGGAGUGCCGGCUUCUUCGUCUUUAUGUUCGGGAUGUCAUGGAAACUCACACUGGUUACCAUUAUGGGAUUCCCUUUCAUCACCUUUGUCUCCAAUCUUUAUGGCGAAUACUACAAGAAACUGGCCAAGGAAGUGCAAACAACCCUUGCAGAGGCUAAUAAAGUUGCAGAAGAAACCAUCUCCUCUAUGAGGACGGUGCGCAGCUUUGCCAAUGAGAGCGGAGAAGCCGACUCCUACUGCGCCAAGCUCUUAGUCAUGUUCCAGCUCAACAAAAAACAGGCCCUGGCCUAUGCUUGCUACAUGUGGACCAGUUGUAUGUCAGAUUUUGCUCUUGAGAUUGCUCUUCUUUACUACGGAGGCUAUCUUGUGGUCACUGGUCAGAUGAGCAGUGGUACCUUGAUUUCUUUUGUCCUAUACAUGCUGGAGCUAGUAGAGUGUCUUGAGAGCAUUGCGUCAGUGUACACUGGACUCAUGCAGGGAGUUGGAGCUGCUGAGAAGGUUUUCGAGUAUCUGGACAGGAAACCCAAACACCCAGCUGAAGGCACAGAGGCUCCAGAGACAUGUUGUGGACUGGUUGAAUUUAAAGACAUCACUUUUGCUUACCCAACACGCCCAGAGACCGAUAUCCUCAAGGGAGUGUCAUUCACUCUGAGGCCUGGAGAGGUGACCGCCCUGGUUGGGCCUUCAGGCAGUGGAAAGAGCUCCUGUGUGAAUCUGCUGGAAAAUUUCUACCUUCCUCAGCAAGGCCAAGUGCUGCUGGAUGGACAGCCUGUUAACAUCUUCCAGCAUGACUACCUCCACUCCAAGGUGGCUUUGGUGGGCCAAGAACCAGUACUGUUUGCCCGGACAGUUAAGGAGAACAUUGCCUAUGGAUUGACAGACGUCUCCAUGGAGGCUGUAGUGCAGGCUGCCACCAAGGCUAAUGCUCAUGAGUUUAUCACUGCACUGCCUGAAGGCUAUGACACAAGUGUUGGAGAGAAGGGCACACAGUUGUCUGGUGGACAGAAACAGAGAGUGGCCAUUGCACGAGCUCUGAUCCGCAACCCACGUGUCCUUAUCCUGGACGAAGCCACCAGCGCUCUGGAUGCAGAAAGUGAACACAUUGUUCAGCAAGCUCUGAACAACAUAAUACACGAGCACACAGUGUUGGUGAUCGCCCACAGGCUCAGUACAGUGGAGAAAGCAGAUAACAUAAUCGUGAUCAACAAGGGUCAUGUGGCUGAAGAGGGUUCUCAUAAUCAGCUGAUGGCCAGCGCCGGGCUCUACUGCAAGCUGGUGCAGAGGCAGGUGCUGGGCAUGGAGACCGGGGAAGAAGUCCUCAACCCAUCUGAAAACCUCCAGAGGAAUUCUGAUAAAAGACGUCGACAUAGAAGACAAAGCAACAGCGGUAGCAGCGAAUCUAAGAUCACUAUGUGGUGCUAAGAACAGUAAUGUGUGGAAGCAAGACUGGACAUCUGGAUGGGUGCCAGCUGUUUAGGUUGAAUCUUGUGUGUGAAUGUAGGAAAUAAUUUAAACCUUGAAACACUCAAGUCUAGGAUUUUGUAUAUUUUAAAGGGACAUUGUGUAACAAAUACUUCCUGAACACUGAAAUUGUGUGUCACAUUUUAACAUAUAGUACCUCAUAAAGCUUUCAUGAAAGCAUGUCAUCUGAUAGUUCAUGGAGUGCUCAUUCAGGUGAAGAACUUCCCUCUGGAUCAUAAUUGGUCAGGGGGAAAACCUCUGGUGGAUGGAAAUUCCCUGUCAGAUAUUGUUCCUCUGUGUUUAGAAGGAAGAGUGGUUGUCACAGGAGGAACGGAUCUUGAAGGAGAAACUGGCCUCGACACAGCACUGGGUUUUUGCCACAGUAAAAUCCUUCCCACCAGCUUUUAGCCUGGCUUUACUGCAACUGAAAGCUGGUGUUUACCGUGACUAUGAAAGCGACUGAAACCAUGUAAACAUACACUUCUGUAACAACAAGGCUGGUGUAUUUUAGAAGAAACUACCGUUAUGCUGCCCAUGGUAACGAGCAGCACUAACAAAACCAAAUUAAAAAACGUUAGCUUUAGGCCCAUUUAGGCAGUACCACAGACUUGUUGAGGAGAAAGCUGCAUCCCUUUUAAAAUCUUUCUCCUUCUUGAGCUCCUUUUAACUGGGGAAGGCUAGCGCGAUGUUGAUCCUCUUUUUUUUCUAUCAUCUGGUCAUGCUGCCUUUUAAGUGUCUUUUUUUGCUCUUUUUGGCGAUGGUGAAACCGACUCGUGCGCUACUGCUGCAUAUGCAUGGUCCUAACAGAUUUUCCAAUUUGCUGGAAAACUUCCAACUUCUCUUCUUUCGCUGCAUCUCAAUCAUUGUGUGCUGGUACACAGUGAUUCCGAGUUGGUGCUAUUUGUUCCUUUCAGGCAGCUGUAGUUUCAAGAUGGCAGACCGUCGUGGUGCUUCCCUACCUGCUCAUCCGUCAUAUGUAUGAACAAAUUGAAAAUAAUUCGUUUACGAGAAUGUGUCAGAUCAUCACCAAUGUAUAUACACACACACAUGCAGACAUUGAUAUUACCAGUAAACAACAGAAAAUGUUGCACAAUGUGCCUUUAAUAAGGAAUCCGUUUAAAUAGUAAUGCUUGCUUACUUAAAUUGUAUUGUUUUUUUAAUUUCUCUUAAAAGUGGUGGGAUGCGCUAAAAGUAAGACAGCUGUGUUUGGACUAAAUGCUAAGAUCUCUGAUUAUUAAUUAUAAAAUCAUAAGAAGUCAGUUAAUGACACUAAAGAUGCACAAUGUAAUUGUGUUAAAUACUGUAAAUGAAAUAUGCACAUUGAUUGUUGUAAUAAAUAUACAAUUUAUAUUC